ACCAGAAAAAAGCCUUUUUAAAACAAUUCAGGUUUUCCUUUCGUCGCCUCGUCAUCUUGUCAGAGCAGUUUAUUUAUAAGGAAAAACAGCGCCGGGCCGCGAAAAUGGCCGUUUAUAAACGAUGGUCGUAUCCCCGCAAUAUCCGUUUCAACGAACCUUUACUGCGAUCAAGACCAGCAAGUAUGACAGAGCCGCCAGAAUCUUCCUUACCGCCACAAGUGCUUGAAAAACUACGCGAGCUGAAUACAGAGCUUGCCGAAGGUGACAUAACUCAGAAGGGCUAUGAAAAGAAAAGAGCCAAACUCCUUGAUCCUUACCUAUCAAGAGAUUCAAAUGUUGCUUCACCAAGCAGUCCAAACAUGAAUGAUCACUACAGCGCGGUGCAAAGGUCAGAGGCCCUGCAGGUUGCCCUAGCAAAAAGGCUCAAUACACAAGAUGAGAUGCCUGCACCAUUUAAAAGACAGUCACUUAUGAGACGAAAACCUAUGGAGAAUGGCACACAACCACAGCUUCUAAGAGGUUCUGUAUCCUCUCAAGACUCAAUAGGAAACCAGGCUCCAAAUGAGUACACACCGCCUGGUUCGGUCAGUUCUCGCACCUCUAUCCCUCGAGCAGGCUCUGAGGAAUUCCCUUCCCCUCCCUCUGACAUGUACAUUCAACACCGCCACAGCACAAGCAGUUUUCCCCCUGUAACCCCUCCCCCAGACUUGACAAGACAGGGUCCAUUUGAUACAAAAGGAAGUCGAGUGAUGCAUAUGUCAUCUGUGAGGACAAUAGAGGAUGAUGGACAGGUGUCAGCAACUAAACCUGAUCCAAAUGCUCCCCGACCUGAAGGACAAACCCUGAGGCCUGUCAAUGGGGAAUUUUUGGAGCUUCCUGAGGAACUGCCUAAAAACUUGGAAGAGGCUUUAAGCAAGUUUGCUACCAGGUCCCCAAAGGCCCCAUGCUUCUCUGUUGUGGACAACCAUGGAAAGACCAAUGUUACUCUGUCGUAUGGCAAACUUUUGUCCAGAUCAAUGAAGCUAGCUUAUGCUUUACUGAACAAAGUUGGCAGUCACAACGAAGGAACAUCAGUUAUGACUGGAGACAGGGUUGCACUGGUGUACCAAUCUGAUGACCCUAUCAAUUUCAUAACAAGUUUUUAUGGCUGUCUUAUUGCUGGUAUUAUACCUGUUCCUAUUGAGCCACCUGCAAGUAAAGAUUACCCAGGCUGUCAGCAAAUUGGCUUUCUUCUUGGAAGUUGUGGAGUUUCCUGGGCCCUCACUUCUGAAACAUGUCUCAAGAGUUUACCCAAAGAUGACACAGGACAUGUAACCACAUUUAAAGGUUGGCCCAAGUUACAAUGGUUUGUUACUGCAAACCUCAACAGACAUCCUAAAGACUGGCAACCACCUUCCAAUCUGGACAGAAGUUCUCCAGCUUACAUUGAGUCCACAGUAGGAAAGGAUGGUGCAGUGAUGGGUGUGACUGUGACACGAAUGAGUAUGAACCUACAUGCACAGGUCCUAAGUCAGGCAUGUUUAUACACAGAAGGUGAAAUAAUGAUCAGUGUUCUUGAUCCAAAGAGGGAAGUUGGAUUGUGGCACUCCAUUUUAACAAGUGUGAUGAAUGGCAUGCAUGUGAUUUAUGUACCACCAUCUGUUCUGGAUCAUUCACCAAACAUGUGGUUGCAGAUGGUAACAAAACACAGAGCAACAUGUGCUUUGGUUAGUUCAAGAAAUCUCCACUGGUCUCUUCAUGCCAACAAAGAUAUCAAAGAUGUCAAUCUUGGUACCAUUCGGUUUUUACUUCUGGCAGGUGCAGUGAAUCCAUGGUCUUUGUCAGCCUGUGAUUCUUUUGUGAAUGCUUUUGAAGCAAAAGGUCUGAAACCUGAAGCCCUUUGUCCAUGUGCAAGUUCAACAGAAACAAUGACAGUUGCCCUGAGAAGACCGGGCAAGCCAGGAACUACUGCCACUGGUCGUGGAGUUCUUUCAUUAUCUGGACUGAGUUAUGGCGUGGUAAGAGUUGACAAAGAAGGAUCUCUAACAUCUCUGACCCUGCAGGAUUGUGGUACAGUGUUGCCUGGAGCCAAGAUAGCGGUGGUGAAGCUUGAAGGUCCCCCAUACCUGUGUAAGAGCGAUGAAGUUGGUGAACUGUGCAUAUCAAGUGGAGCCACAGGGAGUGCAUACUGGGGUCUAGCUGGAAAAACAAAUCAAACAUUUAAGGUUCAACCAACUCUAGAUGAUGGUGCGCCAUUUGAACAGUAUCCACUUAGUGACUUUGUUAGAACUGGAUUGCUUGGAUUUUUAGGACCAGGUGGGUUAGUAUUUGUGUGUGGAACGGCUGAUGGUUUGAUUAAAGUUAGUGGAAGACGACACAAUUCUGAUGACCUUAAGGCAACGAUCCUGGCGGUCGAUCCCGUGAAAUUUGUCUACAGAGGCAGUAUAGCUAUAUUUUCACUGUCAGUUCUAAAGGAUGAUAGAAUUGUGGUUGUGGCUGAACAAAGACCACAGUGCACAGAAGAAGAGAGCUUUCAGUGGAUGAGUCACGUGUUACCCUCAGUGGACAGUAUACACAAUGUUGGUAUCUAUUGCUUAUGUCUCGUGGCUUCUAAUGGAUUACCAAAGACAAGCAGCGGCGCUGUUCAUAUACAUGAGACAAGACAAAAGUUCAUGGAAGGUUCUCUUCAUCCAGCAAACAUUUUGAUGUGUCCCGAAACAUGCGUCACAAAUCUACCUCAGCCAAGGCAAAAACACCCUGAGCCUGGUCCUGCUGCCACGAUGGUCGGUAACAUUGUGAUGGGGACAAGAAUAGGAGGAGCCGCUGGCCGAGAGAUCGCAGACAAAGAGGAGGACAGCGAUAUGGCGAGAAAGUCUCAGUUCCUAGCAGAGAUUCUCAAGUGGAGGGCGCAAACCCUGCCUGAUCACGUGUUAUUCACAUUAAUGAGUGCAAAGGGUACUGUAUCAACGUUAUUAACUACAACUCAGCUUCAUAAGCGAGCCGAACGCGUCGCUCAGAUGGCCGUAGAACAAGGCCGUCUUAGCUCUGGGGACAAUGUAGCUCUUCUUUUUACUCCCGGUGUGGACUUCAUAGUUGCUGUCUUUGCUUGUCUUUAUGCAGAUGUCACACUCAGCAGUGACUGCGUUGUGUCGAUCCAUGAAGUUAGCGUGUGAGCUCUACCCUUCUCGAGACAUCGCGGUCUGUCUCGACCCCUAUUGUGGUUUAGGAUUUCUACUCUGGUGUUUGACUGGUGUCUAUUCUGGACACCACACAAUUCUCAUACCCCCAGGAGACCUGGAGACGAAUCCAGCUCUUUGGUUAUCAGUUGUUAGUCAGUACAAAGUCCGCGACACGUUCUGUUCCUACCCCGUUAUGGAUUUGUGUACCAAGGGACUGGGGCAGUCAAUACCGGCACUCAAGUCGAAGGGCGUCAAUUUAACCUGUGUACGUAACUGUGUAGUGGUAGCCGAGGAGCGUCCAAGGAUAAACCUUACCACAGCGUUUUCUACUCUGUUUUCUGGCCUGGGUCUCUCUCCUCGAGCAGUAAGCACUUCAUUUGGAUGCAGAACUAAUGUUGCCAUUUGUACGCAGGGUGCGUCCACGCCGGAGGCAUCAAGCGUGUAUGUGGACACGCGAGCCCUAAGAAACGACAGGGUGACUCUGGUAGAACGAGGAAGCCCUCACAGUUUAUGCCUACUGGAAUCUGGCAAGAUUUUGCCUGGUGUAAAAGUCGUGAUCGCCAAUCCAGAGACCAAAGGCAUGUGCGCCGAUUCGCAUCUCGGAGAGAUCUGGGUCACCAGCCCGCAUAAUGGCAGCGGUUACUUCAUGACAGGAGAGGAUACGAUAACAGACGACCGCUUCAACGUGAAGCUCACAACAGGAAACGUGGCAGAGACUGCAGUCCAAUACGCGCGAACGGGAUACCUUGGAUUUAUAAAGAGAACGGAUUUCACGCAGACAGACGGAGCCCGGCAUGACGCGUUAUUUGUUGUUGGCCCUCUUGAAGAGACCAUGAUAUUACGUGGUAUGAGAUAUCACCCGGUAGAUAUCGAGAACACAGUGACAAGGUGUCAUCGAGCAAUCUGUGAAAGUGCGGUCUUCACGAUGACAAACCUACUUGUGGUAGCAGUGGAGCUUGAUGCAGAUGAACGCGAGGCUCUUGAUGUGGUCCCCCUGGUGACGACAUCUGUAUUGAAUGAACAGCAACUUGUCGUGGGGGUGGUGGUGGUGAUAGACCCUGGUGUAGUCCCGAUCAAUUCUCGCGGAGAGAAACAACGGAUGCAUCUGAGGGACGGGUUCCUGGGGGAUCAGUUGGAUCCUAUCUACGUGGCAUAUAAUAUGUAGACACCUCACUGCUUAGUCUCAAAAUUGAAUUAUACCUUUAGCUCUUUGAAAAUGACAAUUAAAAGAAAUGGACUGUAACGCUAGGUUUAUGUAUAAACUGUGCGUUUGGUAAAGCAAUUUAGACAGGAACAACUGUCACGCGCGAUAUUUUUUUCUGGACAGUUUCCAAUCUAGGGAAUCAGGGAGUGGCUAUUAAUGUGGAUGUAAAUGCUUUAAUAUGAGAUAAUUCUCGUUGGCGUUCGACAAAACCGCUCUCUUCAUCGAAUAAUUUAUGAUAAUGUUGUGAACAGGUUGGUUCGCGUGAAGCAUAAUUAUUUUCAUGUCACAGAGGAAAAAGCAUCAUUAUUUCAACAGAAUUUUUUCACAGUGCGGGAAAACUGUGCAUUUUUCUCACCAGUUCUUAGUAGAUGUCGAUGGUGAGCUUCAAUUCUUCAUUUAUGAUAUUGUAACGUGGUAGAAUUCAUAGCGAUUUGAAAAUAGUUCACGCAAAAAUACACGUCUAGGAGAGUUACGAAUUGAUUACUGCUGAAUAUGAAGUUGUUGAAAUGUCGUCGGCUUAUGGAUACUUAUCUCCAUAGCGCUAUUAGUAACAGUCAUUAAUAAUUAAGUGAUCUAUACUGAUCGACAGAGACGUCAUCCAACAGUAGGGCACGAGUUUUAUUUAGUUCCCUCAGUUGAGUGUUGAGAGUAUUCUGGUAUUGCAUUGGUUUUCCUUUACUUUACUCUACGAUUGGUCUAGAACUCGCGCCUCUUUUUAACCAAUCAGAUGCAAAACUCGCGUGCACCAAUCACGACUUAUAGCCGCGUUUUCCGCUUUUGGCGGUUAGCUUGUAUUUACUUUGAGUUCUCAUUGGCUCUUCAUGGGUUUUUUUUUUUUUUUUGCUGAUUUUCCUUUGUAAUUGCUUUUCUUUUGGUUUCACGACACUCAACCGAGAAGCGUUCGAUCAGUUGGUAUUGGAUAUUAUUGACUUUCAUUGAUUGAUACCUGUGUGUUAUCCACGAGAGGUGAAAAUUGAAAACUAAAUAAACUAAAAAUAUAUUUGAGUUUUUCGAAAUUGAUGGAAUGAGGAAAAAAUAAUUGAUUACUGGAACAAGUUCAUCAUUUCUUCGUUGACCGACUUAGCAGGCGAAUAACUGUUGUUCUAUUUUAUAACUUGUUACUUAGUAUUUUAUAUUGUUUAUGAGACGAAUUCUGCAAGCAGUGCGUAGUCUUAUAUUAGGACUUUAAAUAGUUGAGUUUGGCGUCGACAGACGUACAGCUGUCUCAAGAUGUGUUAAAUUUUCUUGUUUCUUGUAUGGUUUUCAACGCAAGCGAUUAUAGGAAUGCAGAACAAAUUUGUGAGGUAUUAUGUAAAGAAGCAAUGUCAGCAGUUGCUUAUAUUUUUAUGUGUAAAUAAAAAAGAUAAGUCCAGACGACA